AUACUUUUAAAUGAACGUAAUCUAUUAUAGACUUUUUUGUCUGCUUCAUGCGCCCGUCUUGGAUCCUUGACAGUUAAUGCCAUGAAGAGACACUUUCUAUUGUACAGUGCUGUCCUUGCAACUGCUUUAUCCCUUGGGUAUGCGGCGCGACAGAAACCCAGAGGGCACCUGCAGUAUUUUGGAUCGCACCAACCAGCCGAGGGGGAGGUUGAAACACUCGACAAGUUUCCGACUUCUGAGGACUUCUACGUAAUAUAUGUGGCUCCAAGAAUUCCAGUCAAAUUCCGCCAAGUUCUCACUCCCCAAAAUAUGCCAGCGUAUGGUCUUUGGACAGACGCAUAUUUAAACACUACUUUUGCCCGAGAAAUUAUGUACGCCGAAUAUGGGAAGAAAGAGGAUAUGGACAACUCGUACCGUUAUUACAGAAUGGAGGACUUUAUAUACGACUACAAUUUCAAAGAUAUCUACAUGUUUCAAGAUGUUCCAAAAAGCAUGCAAGGAAACGUUAGCAUUCCGUUUUGUUUGCGGUGUACGUUUGAGCGCGUGCUCCAGCGCGUGAUUCUGUGGAUGAGCAGCGGUGGCAUUCAGACUGUUCUCCACAAGGACGUCUUUGACAGCUUCUAUUGUUUACUGGAUGGGACCAAGGACUUUUAUCUAGUUGACAGUAGCCAGUCUGGAUUGGUGGAGAAGCGACAUUGGAACAAGGCCGGGGCGUACAGUGAAGUGGAUGUGGAGCAGGUGGACAUGUUCCGGUUCCCAGAGUUCCAAAGUCUACCGUGGUGGAGGUCCAGUCUAAAACCCGGUGACUGCAUCUACGUGCCCAAAGAGUGGUACCACCACACAAGGAGCGGGAACCACAGAACGCUGGCCAUCAGUUACCGCUUCCUCCACCCACCCUACUUCAAUGUGUCGGGCUGUCCUCGGGUUCAGAGUAUAGACAGAGUUCGAAACUUGUCAUCAGUUACACUUCUAACCAAGCUGGAGACGGCCAGGAUGAACAUGCUUCAGAAGUUUGCUGGUCAGGACGAAGUGCUGGCGUCAGAUAUUGAAACACUGAUCAAAGCUAAUCCACGUCAGGACGGGGACUAUGUCAGGUUUUUUAGGCUAGUGGACCGGAACCGAGACCGAGUCCUGAGCUGGGAAGAACUGUACAGCUUUGACAUGAAAACCGCUAUGAAAGUCGCAAAUUCGCUGUUUGGCGCGGAGAGACGCGUGAAGGAGAAACCCAGUUAUAAAGUCCAACUCAGUUUCGCCAGUCCCAAGAUAGAGAAGAUGUACCAGCAAAUGCACGGACACUUUCACGACGAGCUGUAGCAGACACUUACAUGUAACGUGU